GCCUGGUCGACGGCAAUGGCCAAGGCCACCAUGCCGCUGAAGCGCCGCUCCGCUGCCAGGACCAGCAGGGCGCAGGAGGCGGCCGCCGCCUCCUCCGCCGCCGCCGCCUCGGUGCGGAGCAACCCUUUCGAAGUGAAGGUCAACAAGCAGAAGUUCCGCAUCUUGGGCAGGAAGACGAGGCACGAUGUGGGGCUGCCGGGGGCCACGCGCGCCAAGGCCCAGAAGAAGCGCACUCACACUUUGCUGAAAGAAUAUAAAGAAAAAGAAAAAUCCAAUGUGUUUAAAGAUAAACGUUUUGGUGAAUAUGAUACCAAAAUAAGUCCAGAAGAAAAAAUGAUGAAAAGGUUUGCUUUGGAACAACAGAAACUUUAUGAAAAGAAAAAUAUAUAUAAUCUCAAUGAAGAGGAAGACUUAACCCACUAUGGUCAUUCUCUAGCAGACAUCGAGAAAUUUAAUGAUAUUAUUGAUAGUGACAGUGACACUGAAGAAAAAGGAAUACUGUCAGCGGAAUUAACAGCUGCUCACUUUGGAGGUGGUGGACUUCUUUGUAAGAAAACCUUCAUAGGGCAGCAAGGUGAAGAGGAUAAAAAACCCAAGUCACGGAAGGACCUCAUUGAAGAACUGAUUGCAAAAUCUAAACAAGAAAAGAGAAAGAGGAAAGUGCAAAGGGAAAAUACAUUAGAGCUUACAGAAAAACUUAAUAAUGAUUGGAAAGAAAUCCAAACCUUUCUGUUUUGCAAGACCUCCAACUCGGAUAUGCAAGAUGAAGUGGAGAAGCUCAAGCCUAAUGAAUAUGAUAUACUAGUUAAGCAACUAGGAUUUGAGAUGAAAGUGCAACCCUCUGUUAGGAUGAAAACUAAAGAAGAUUUGGCAAAGGAGGAACAAGAGAAACUCGUACAAUUAGAGGCUGACCGUUUAUGUCGAAUGCGUGGAGAAGAUCAGCCCGAGACCAAAAAGAAACUCAAGUACACUUCAUCUGAUGAUUUGGCAGAUGGGUUGCUCAUCGAUAAAGACGACAGGCAUUUGCUUUCUUAUAACGAUGGCAAACCGAAUUUUGGGGGUGAUCAAGAUGAGAAGAAAAAAAGCGUAGCGAGAAAAGAAGAUGACUGUGAGAAAGACGGAAGUGAAGAAGAAUCUGAUACUGAAGCUGAUGCUAUUGAUCCUUACUGUGAUUGUGAAACUGAUGAGGGGAGCAUGGAGGAAGCCAGUGCAAAUCAAGAACAGAAGAAAAGGGAAAUAAAUAAAUGGCCAACGAAUGACCAAGAGGCUGUGAGACAAGCUGCCAGAGUGGAGUUGCCAUAUUUGUUAGCUGCUCCAGAAUCUUAUGAUCAACUUAAAGCUUUAUUGUUGGAAAGAACAAUAGAAGAGCAGCUGCUUGUGAUAGAGAGGAUUCGGAAAUCAAAUCAUCCAAGCCUUGCAGUGGGGAACAAAGCGAAGUUAGAAAAACUGUUUGAAUUACUUCUGGACUAUGUUGGGGAGCUGGCACGUAAGGACCCACCAGAAAUAAAAACAAUUGACAAGUUGGUCCUGACCUUGUAUGAACUUUGCCAGAUGUUCCCUAAGACUGCGAGCAAUCAUAUUAAAGUUGUUCUUCAAGAUGCUACUCAUGACAUGGAAGAGAUUCUAGAAGUGAAAGGUCAUGCAGCAUUUCCAGGAUUAGACAUGCUCAUAUAUUUGAAAAUUAUUGCAGUAAUUUUUCCAACCUCUGAUUUCUGGCACCCAGUAGUAACACCAUCAUUGCUGUAUAUGAGCCAGCUACUUACAAAGUGCCGAGUAACAACAAUACAAGAUGUUGUUAAAGGGUUGUUUGUUUGCUGUAUUUUCCUGGAAUAUGUAUCCCUGUCUCAAAGAUUCAUCCCAGAACUUGUUAAUUUUCUCCUGGGAAUUCUUCACAUGGCUAUUCCCAAGGAAGGAGUCCAAGGCUAUACUUUGGUGCAUCCUUUCGGGUCAUUAGGAAAACAUUCAGACUUGUUCAUGAUCUGUGAAAAAACAAGCACAGAGACCUGGCAAAAGCAAAAUUUUCCACUUCGUAUUAUAACUAGAUCAAAAGAAGAUAACAGAACCGAAGUUAAUCAUCUUGGGUUAUCAUGCCUAGGACUAGGCCUGGAUCUUGUUAAGAGAUGUGCAGUUCUGUAUGGAUCACUUCCAUCCUUCCAAGAAAUAGUGCAACCCAUCCAUAAGCUCCUCAGUACACACUUCCCAUUGAUCAAGUAUCCUACAAAACUGCAGGAAUUUCAUGACAGUGUUCUGAAACAGCUGGAAGUCCAAGAACAACAUUAUCCAUUGGUCUGUGAAAAGAAAAAACCAGUGCCAUUGAGGCUAUACACACCCAAAAUAAUGAAAGUACUGGAAUUUGGAAGAAAACAAGAAAGCAGUAAGAGAGAGCAAGAAAGAAAACAUCUAAUUCAUAAGCACAAACGUGAACUUAAAGGAGCUGUUCGUGAGAUCCGCAAAGAUAACCAGUUCCUUGCUAGAAUGCAUCUUGCAGAAAUCAUGGAAAGGGAUUCUGAAAGAAAAAUAAAAGUGAAACGACUCUUCAGGAACCUUGCUCAGCAGGAAGGUGAUUGGAAAGCAAUGAAGAGAAAGAAGUUUUAAGAAUUUGCUCAUAUACUGUACAAAGGAAAACCAAGGAUAUUUCUAUUUUUAAUGUAGCUUGGAAAGUUUCAAUAAUUUUGCAUGGAUCUUAUAUGUGUGUGUAGUGAUUCUGGGAAAACAAACACAAACUGGACAAAUGGGUACUUCCUUAUCACAAAAUAAUCCCAUUCUAAAUAAAAUGGAAGAUUAUAUUUGG